AUGAUAAAGAAAUCGAUCUGUUAUUUCUUGCUAUUAGAUAUAAUUAGCUCUGCACCUACACACGCAUGUCCAACUGGUUGUUCAGCAUGCAAUGGAGCUAGUGAUAAUUGUACUGGUUGUUCGCCAGGGUAUUAAUUGAGUGGAACAACUUGUAUUGUCUGUCCAUCAGGUGUUUGUACUUUAUGUUAAUUGCCAUGUGCAACUUGUGUAACAGAUAGUUCAGAUUGUUUGACAUGUAAUGACUCUGCUAACUAAGCAGGUUUAAAAUGUUUAUGCAAUGAUGGGUAUAUUAUGAAUACCUCAAAUUAUUUCUGUGAUUAAUGUUAAUUUCCAUGUGAUACAUGUUAAACAAAUAUAAAUUAUUGUUUAACAUGUACUUCAACUUAUACAUUGAAUAAUACUAUAAAUACAUGUGAAUGCUAAAAUGACCAAUUCGAGUUAAAUGGUACUACUAAAACUUGUGUAAAUUGUACUAAUCCAUGUUAAACCUGUACUUCGUCGGCUACAUUUUGUACAUCAUGUGUUUCAGGAUUAAAUAGAAAACUAUUGAAUAUUUAAUGUGUCUGUGAUGAUGGCUUUUAUGGAAGUACCACUUGUACAGCUUGCAAUUUGCCAUGCAAAAAUUGUAAUUCAUCAAUAUUUUGUACAUCAUGCAAUGAUCCUACUCAUUAAACAGGAUCUUCAUGUACCUGUCCAGUUACUUUUUAUAUGAAUGCAUCUUUUAUGUGUUAAAGUUGUGUAACUCCUUGUUUAAAUUGUACCUCAAAUUUGUUAUGUACAUCCUGUAUUGAUAAUUACUUCCUUUAUGUAGAUACUUGUUUAUAGUGUAAUUUACCAUGUUAUAAUUGUGUUGAUCUUGCUACGAAAUGUACCUCAUGUGCAGAUGGAUAUUUUAUGAAUAAUUUAGUAUAAUGUUAAUCAUGCAUUUAUCCUUGUAGUAAAUGCGAAAAUAAUGCUAAUAAUUGUUUGGAUUGUGCAUCAACAUAUGUAUUGAGUACUUUAGUCCCAAAUACAUGUGAAUGUCCGUAUAAUUCCAUUUAAGUAUUAACUAAUAAUCCCAUAAAUUGUCNCUGCAAACAAACCCUUUAUUUCAUUGAAGUUAAUCUCUUUCUUAAAAGACAUCUUCAUUGAUUGCAUCAUGAAUUAAAAAUAUUACACUAAUAUUCUUAAUUUGUAUUAUAAAAUAUUAUAAAGAUACUGCAUCGAAAUUAAGAUGAAUAAUAUAAUUAAAAUUUAUCCUAAACUUUAAAAAGAGAGAAAACAUAAUGAUAAAGAAAUCGAUCUGUUAUUUCUUGCUAUUAGAUAUAAUUAGCUCUGCACCUACACACGCAUGUCCAACUGGUUGUUCAGCAUGCAAUGGAGCUAGUGAUAAUUGUACUGGUUGUUCGCCAGGGUAUUAAUUGAGUGGAACAACUUGUAUUGUCUGUCCAUCAGGUGUUUGUACUUUAUGUUAAUUGCCAUGUGCAACUUGUGUAACAGAUAGUUCAGAUUGUUUGACAUGUAAUGACUCUGCUAACUAAGCAGGUUUAAAAUGUUUAUGCAAUGAUGGGUAUAUUAUGAAUACCUCAAAUUAUUUCUGUGAUUAAUGUUAAUUUCCAUGUGAUACAUGUUAAACAAAUAUAAAUUAUUGUUUAACAUGUACUUCAACUUAUACAUUGAAUAAUACUAUAAAUACAUGUGAAUGCUAAAAUGACCAAUUCGAGUUAAAUGGUACUACUAAAACUUGUGUAAAUUGUACUAAUCCAUGUUAAACCUGUACUUCGUCGGCUACAUUUUGUACAUCAUGUGUUUCAGGAUUAAAUAGAAAACUAUUGAAUAUUUAAUGUGUCUGUGAUGAUGGCUUUUAUGGAAGUACCACUUGUACAGCUUGCAAUUUGCCAUGCAAAAAUUGUAAUUCAUCAAUAUUUUGUACAUCAUGCAAUGAUCCUACUCAUUAAACAGGAUCUUCAUGUACCUGUCCAGUUACUUUUUAUAUGAAUGCAUCUUUUAUGUGUUAAAGUUGUGUAACUCCUUGUUUAAAUUGUACCUCAAAUUUGUUAUGUACAUCCUGUAUUGAUAAUUACUUCCUUUAUGUAGAUACUUGUUUAUAGUGUAAUUUACCAUGUUAUAAUUGUGUUGAUCUUGCUACGAAAUGUACCUCAUGUGCAGAUGGAUAUUUUAUGAAUAAUUUAGUAUAAUGUUAAUCAUGCAUUUAUCCUUGUAGUAAAUGCGAAAAUAAUGCUAAUAAUUGUUUGGAUUGUGCAUCAACAUAUGUAUUGAGUACUUUAGUCCCAAAUACAUGUGAAUGUCCGUAUAAUUCCAUUUAAGUAUUAACUAAUAAUCCCAUAAAUUGUCAACUUUGUACUUAACCAUGUGAUACAUGUUCAGGAACGUCGACUCAUUGUUUAACAUGUAUAGAUACUCAUUUAAGUAUCAAUUCUUCUUUUUAAUGUGUUUGCAAUUCAGGUUAUGUGUUUGAUAGUAGUUUUCAUUGCAUACCAUGUUAAAGUCCUUGUUAAACUUGUUCAGAUAGUGAUACUCAUUGUGAUACUUGUACUGAUUCAAAUCAUUAAAUUAAUGCAGAAUUUCAAUGCAUCUGUAAGGACACAUUUUAUUCAAAUACUAUUAGUACAUGCGCUUAAUGUACAUACCCCUGUAAGCAAUGUGAUACUUAUGGAUGCUUAACAUGCAUUGACUCUAACAAAACUAUUAACACUUCUUAGGAUUGUGUUUGUAAACCAGGAUUUUAUGAAGAGGGUCUUAAUUGUGCAUAAUGUGUAUUUCCAUGUAAAACUUGUGAAAUCAAACAAGAUUAGUGUUUAACAUGUUUUGAUAAUUAUUAAAUCUUACUCAACAACAAUUGUAUAUGUCAAGAUGGGUAUUUUGAAAUCAAUAUGUAGUGCUAAUAGUGUGGCCAAUAAUGUUAAACAUGUUCUUAAAAAUCUGAUAAUUGUCUUAGUUGUAAUCAAGAAAAAAACCGAAAAUUAUAGAAAAAUACAUGCAUUUGUUUAGAUGGCUAUUUUGAAAAUGAUUAAAAAUAAUGUUGGUCUUGUGAUUCUAAUGAAGGUAAAUCUAGUAAAGAUUGCAAAUAUAAAGACUGCUCUGAUAAUGUUUGGACAUAAGGAGAAGAUUGUGAUGAUGGAAAUAAUUUUACAAGAGAUGGUUGUUCAAAUUGCAAAAUUGAUAAUGAUUAUUCUUGCAUUAAUACUUUACUAGAACCAUCAUUUUGCUUUAAAUGUAAUGAUAAUUGUAAAAAAUGUUAAAUGAAUAAAAUCUAACUCUAAGUCGGUUGUAUUUAAUGUAAUUAAGGCUUUUUUUUAUUUUAAAACCAAUGUUCUUAAUGUGCUGAAUAGUGUUUAGAUUGUAAAAAUAGUGCUUCAAAUUGCAUUAGUUGUAGAUAUUAAACUAAUUCAUCUGGAACAUGUUAAUUAUGUUAAAAUAAUCUUGGCUAUUAUUCUGAUCAAAUUAAUAAGAAAUGUUAUUCUAAAUGUGGAGAUUCAUUGAAAACUUUAGAGGAAUAAUGUGAUGAUGGUAAUUUAUUAUCAGGAGAUGGAUGCAAUUAAUUUUGUUAAAUGGAAAAGAAAUUUCUAUGUAAAAAUGGAAUUUGUAUUACACCAGAGUAUCCCAUUCCAAUAUUAUUCAGCUAUGGAGAUUAAUCAUUAUAUAAUAAUAAAAGGAAGUUUAAAUUAGAAUAUAAUACUCUGUUAAAUUUGACUCAAGAUAAUAUAAUAGAGAAGCAAUUAUAAUUAUAUUUCAAAAAGUAAACCACUAUUACUCCAAUUGAUAUCCCAUAUAUGAUAGAGAAAUAAUAUUAAUUUAAUAAUCAAGCCAAUAUUAAUUUCUCAGUAAGCAUAGAGAUAUAAUUUAAUAGAAGUACAACCAACGAAGAGUUUUUAAUUAAAUAUCUCAGUGUUGACUUAAUUAUCUCAAAUUAAGGAUACUCUUAAAUAGAAAAUGAAGUUUCAACUACAAUCCCUAAAUUUAUGUUUAUAGAUCAAUCUGCUGUUGCCUAAGUUGAAAUGGCUACUUCCAGCAGCUCGAUUUUGUUGUAUAUUAUGGCGGGUAUGGCUGCAGGAGCAGUUUUGUUUGGCGGUUUAGAAAUAUUUUAUAAUCUAUUAGAUACAAUUUAAAUGCUAUCUUACUUAAAAUACAUCAAUACUUAAUAUCCUUAUAAUCUCGAAUAAUUUUUUGAGUUUUUUGGUUUUGCUUAACUGAGUUUUAUUUCUAAAUAUUUGAAUUUAUAAGAAUAAAUUGAUCCAUAUAUUGCUUAUGAAAAUCUAAAACCUAUACCUGAGAAGAUAUUAAUGGAUGAUUAUAAUUCUUUAUUUAUUAUAAAUGGAUCUUCAAUUUUAUUUGUUUGGCUCACACUUUUAGGAGUUUAUUUUUUAUCUAUAUAAUUACCAAAAAUUUUGUCUAAGUUUAAAUUUAAAUAUUACAAUGAUAUCCCAGAAAAAUUAAACUUAGAACAAAAAUUAAAGUUUUGGUUGUUAGCAGUAAAAAUUUAUAUUGUGGAACUAUGCUCAAUCGUAGUAUCAGAAUUCUUUUAUAGUGGUAUUGUAAGAACUUUUAUUGCUACUGCUUAUGACUACUCAUUUACAAUGUCUCUUUAACUUUCAGCACUACAAAUAGAUUCUUCAGAUGCAAUUGUUGGAUUUAGUUCUUUUUUAGCUUUGAUAGCUUUAGGAAUAUAUUUAAUUACUAUUUAUUUUGUAAUAAAAAUAUGUGGAGAUACUAAUUUUUAAAUUUAUCAAUAUUAAAAUAAACUUAAAUACUAGUCCCUAUUUGAAGGCAUUAAAAAUGAUAGCUACAGUAAGUAUUUUAAUGCUAUUGGUCUCUGUUAAAAAUUACUUUUUAUAAUUAUAUUGAUAUUUUGCUAUAAAACACCUUUUUAUCAGACGAUAAAUUUAAUACUUUUAUCUGUUUUAUAAGUUAUAUAUUUAAUUAUUUUUAAACCCCUAAAUGAUAAAAAAGAGUUUAUAAAGUAGUUUUCAUGCGAAAUUAAUAAAGCAAUUGCACUAUUUUUUAUUUUAUGGUUAGUUUAUGAUGAAGAAACAAAAAUUUUUAGUGAAAAUGUGAGAUCAAAUAUUGGAUGGAUUUGCAUAGGUAGUAUAAGUUUAAUUUUUGCAAUUUAAAUAAUAAUUGAUGCUAUUUAACAAUGGAUGCUCUUAAUUAAAAAAUACAGAAAGCUAAGAAGAUUUGUUGAUAAAUUUUAUCAAAACAUAGUCCCACCAAAACCUUAAUAAGCAGAUCAUCGACUUUUUACUUAAGGAAGUUUAAAAAAAAUUUGA